AUGUUUCAUUUAAAAAAUAAUAAUUUUAUUAAUAUUAUUUAUAAUGUAAUUAUUUGCUGUUGUAUAUAUUUUGUACUCGCCGUGUUAAAUUUGCUUUCCGGAGUUGCCUGUAAACAUACAGAAAAUCCUGGUUUUAGUAUAGUUUUGACUUUAACUAAUUUUUUAAAAUUACUUUCGCCAGUUAUUUUGAGUAUUUUGAGAUAUAAAGAUCCUAUUUUAAAAAAUAAAAUAAAAUAAAUAUUUAAAAGUAGAUUUAAUUAAUCUUGUUAAAUUAUUGAUUCUAAUAAUUAAGCUUUAUUAAACUAAGAAAAUUGUAAAUAUAUUAAAAACAAAACAAAAAUAUAUUAAAAGUAUAUAUAUAUGUAUUUUUUUUUUGUUAAAAAAAUAAAAAACCAAAUAGUUAAUAAUGAAUAAUGGCUUACAAAUUUAUAAUUAUAAAUAAGAGUAACAAAAAAAUAUAAAUAUUUUUUAUUUUUAAACAAAAAAAAACAAAAAAAAGAAAAUUUUGAUUAAUAAUAUUAAGAAUUUAAUGAAAAAGAUUAUAAAGAAAUAAACGAAACAAUAAUAUCUAAUAAUUAAAUUGAUAUAUAAUAAUGUAAUGAUUAAAUAUAAAAUUUAAAGAUGUUAACUUAUGCACAUUAAGUUUUUAAAUUAUUAAGAUAAUAAGAUUAAUCAAUGAUUGAUUUUGAAAAAUCUUUAAACUUAGAAAAUAAUAUACAAUAAAUUAUAAAUACAAUAUAUAAACAAGGAGAUGGAGGAAAAUCAGGAGAAUUCUUCUUUUAUUCAUAUGAUAAUAAAACAAUAAUAAAAACAAUAUAAAAAUCGGAACUAAUAACUUAUAUUGAAAAACUACCUAAAUUUAUAUAACAUUAUAAAACUAACCCUAAUUCUUUAAUAUCUAAAAUUUAUGGGGUAUAUACUUUCCAUAAUAUGACUGCUGAUGAUAUAGAAUUACAUGUUAUAGUAUAAAGAAAUAUUUCAGGAGUUGAAAAAAAAUAUGUAGUUAGAACAUAUGAUUUAAAAGGAAGUAGUUAUAAUAGAGAUGUUUUAAGAUCAAAGAAUUAAUUUUAAGAUUUGAGUUAAAUAACUUUAAAAGAUAAGGACUUUUAUGAAAUUGAAAGAAACAUUUCAAUUAAUUAAGAUCUUUCAAUUGAAAUUAGCACGUUUUUAGAAUUUGAUACUAGUUUUUUGGAAAAUUAAGGGUUUAUUGAUUAUAGUUUACUAGUUAUUAAGUGUGACUGGAAAUAAAAAUAUGAAAAUGAUUUAAAUAAUAAUAAUAUUAAUACAAUUGAUACUUAAGACUAAUUUAAUUAAAACUUAAACGAUUAUGUUAAUAGUAAAUUUAGUAAAGGUUAUUAUUAUUUAAAAUCAGAUAAUACUUCAGGAAUAUAUUAUCAUAUUGGAAUUAUUGAUUACUUACAAUAAUGGACUUUAAAUAAAAAAUUAGAAAGAUGUUUCAAAAAUUGUUUUAAAAAAGUAAAUAAUUCAGCUUAGCCACCAAAAUAUUAUUCAAAAAGAUUUAUUAAUGAAGUAAUUAGAAGAAUAUUUAUUUGA